AUGUGGAUCGCUGCGUGCAAGAACAAAACUGUGGUGUGGGAGCCGUUCCAUCAAGAGGGUCCUACUAGGAGCUUUUUGAUGACAUCAGGCGGCAUUGAACCGGUAGAUAUUCAGAGUCCUCAGCUUCUCAAGGCUCUAAGCAAUUCCAAAACCGUAUACAUCGUGGAUGGUCAUGCCCCGGCACUUCAUCUUAAUACCUGGACUCUCCUCAUCACCUCUCCAGAGCGCGAGCAUUACCGUCAUUUACUCAAGCGACGGGAUUCAUGCCUAUUGUACAUGUCACCUUGGAGUUACGAGGAAAUGCAAAUUUGCAAAUCCAUUCUCUAUCCUGAUGAAGCAAUCUUACCCACAACGCUCAUGGACCGGCUUUUCGAGUGGUACGGUGGCGUACCAAGAUACGUCCUUGGCCGGAACUCGUGA